AUGUCGCGAGAAACAGUCCUCGUUGUCGGCUCAUCCGGCAAUAUCGGCGUCAGCGUCAUCAUCGGGGCGUUACGCUCCAAUCUUGAUGUCCUAGCAGUCGUCCGCGGCAAGGAGUCCGAGGAGAAAGUCUUGCAUAACCUCACUUACGACAAAUCCCUGCCGGUCGAUCGCAUCACUUUCACCUACGCUGAUGUCUUGAGUGACAGCGGCGUGCAGGGUGUCGUGGACGAGGUCAAAGCAGGCAAAUUGCCGGCUUUCCACCAUGUAUAUUCCGCCGUGGGCGCAUACGAGCCCAAGACUCCCAUCUACACCGUUGACACCGCCUCCCUCCGGCGUAUAAUGACCACAGGCUUCGAAGCAGCCUUCUUCGCCUACCGCGCCACCAUGCCCUACCUCCUCGCCCAAGGCGCCAAGACCAGCACCUGGACACUCGUAACCGGCGGCGCUGGCGAAUCCGGCGUGGGAGGCGCCACCGCGACAUCCCAGGGCGCGCUCUUCUCGCUCGCCAACGUCGCAUGCCACGAGAAUGAGGACACCAACGUGCGAUUCAACGAGGUCUACCUCCACUACCGCGUCGACUACGACUUAGUCUGCGACGAAUCGCCCAUGUCGCCUCCGCAGAUGGGCUACGGGAAGCGCAUGCGUGCCAGCGAGUUUGCGGGUGUGUAUGAGAAGAUCCUGGCGGAUGAGAAUGUGCGGGCGGCGAGGGUUAGUGUUUAUGGCUUUGAGGAUUUGGCGGAGUUCAAAUGGAGAAAGAAGUUGCCGCCGAGGAGGUUUUGA